CUGGCGGCGCGGCCCCUUCCUUCCCCUGUCAUUGGGCCGGUCCGGCUCUCCCCACCGCGGAAUGGGAAUGGGCCGGCCCGGGGAUGCGCGGGCAGGAGGGGCCCAAGAUGGCUGAACUGCAAGUGGACUCGACGGUGGGAGGGGGCGGCCUCGGGGACUGCCGCGGCCCGGCCAGCGCCAGCCCCCGCAGCUCCUCCUCCUCUGCCGCCGCCGCCGCCACGGCUUCCUCUCGCGGCCACGGCCGCUCAGCCGCCGCCGCCACGGCCUCGGCUCUGUCGUCACCGCCGCAGCCGCCGUCGCAGCCCGGGCCGGGGCCGCCCGAACGGGCGGGGGGCGCGGGGCGCUGGGUCCGGCUCAAUGUGGGCGGCACGUACUUCGUGACCACCCGGCAGACGCUGGGCCGGGAGCCCAAGUCGUUCCUGUGCCGCCUCUGCUGCCAGGAGGAUCCCGAGCUGGACUCCGACAAGGAUGAGACAGGAGCCUAUCUGAUUGACAGAGAUCCAACAUACUUUGGUCCUAUCCUAAACUACCUCCGCCACGGGAAACUCAUCAUUAAUAAGGAAUUGGCAGAAGAAGGUGUCUUGGAAGAAGCGGAAUUUUACAACAUUGCAUCUCUUGUGCGACUGGUUAAGGAAAGGAUACGGGACAAUGAGAACAUAACCUCACAAGGCCCUGUGAAGCAUGUAUACAGAGUUCUGCAGUGCCAAGAGGAAGAACUUACCCAGAUGGUCUCCACUAUGUCUGAUGGUUGGAAAUUUGAACAGCUAAUAAAUAUUGGAUCUUCCUAUAGCUAUGGAAAUGAGGAUCAGACAGAAUUCCUGUGUGUUGUCUCCAGGGAGCUAAAUAACUCUACUAAUGGUAUUGUCAUAGAGCCUAGUGAGAAGGCAAAGAUUCUUCAGGAACGAGGCUCUCGGAUGUGAACUAGGAAUCUGGCUCCACUGAAGUCCUGGACAUCAAUAGGUCACUCCAGCAGAGCAUCUCUCCAAAGUUCAACCUUGCUCUUGUACAGUAACCAUGCUGAGGCAAGGCAAAGCUGAACCUGGCUCACCAAUGGAGAGUCAUUCUGGCCGAAACCAAAGGAUUCCCCCCCUCACUGUAGGAAACUAAAAAAACUGAUGAUACUCCUACCUAAAGAGUUCUUUUUCAGAAACCUGCCUUUGUUUUCUUAGCCAGGGCUAUAACAAAUCUUUACAAUAGGUGUGCCAGGUUCCUAGUUGGCGCCUUUACCAGGAUCUGGGGGAAGGGGAGGACAAGGACAUACAUAGCCAACCUGUACUCCAUAGAUGGCUGGAUCAGGUGAAAAACAGGAUUCCUACCUGGGCUUGCCAUGUUCUCACUCCAAGGUUUACUAAGUUGGAAAUUUGCAGCUACUCGACAUCACUCUCUCCUUCCUCUCCCCCCUCAUUUCUUCAAACGGGUACAGCAGAUGCAAAGAAAUCUAGCACAGAUUGACAAUAGAAAAACUUUUAUUUUUAAUGGAAAGUUGAUUUUUGACACUGAAACACUUCAUGUUUGCUUUACAUGUCAGUUUCCCAAUUUUGGAAUUGGGUUCUAAAUAAAUUUGAGAAGAGGUUGUGUCUUUGUUGAACUCAGGCACUGGGAUUAAAAGAUAAACUUGCUUACAUUGUCUCACAUCACUGAAACUUGCCAUCUUCCCACAGGAGCUAUGAAUGGACCCAUCUUUGGGCAAGAGGAAGACUAUGGCUCCUUUUCCCUUGUGUCCCGAGAGAUCCCAAGCAAUCCAGCCGGUUUGGUUGGGGUUACGGGUGCUUGCUAGCACUUAGUCUGGGGCGCUUCAUGCUGCCUUGUUCAGCUUUGCCUUGCUUGCCUCUAACAGCAAGGAUGCUCCUAAGGCCCUGCUGUGUCUCCGCUGCACUUGCUGCAGAAGGUGUGAGGCAGACCUUUGUUCUGUACUCUUGUCUAUCCAACAGGUAGGCUACUUAACCAGCAGAUAAGUGAGAGUUACUAUAAUGAGUAUUUCAGCUGCCUCUGCAGCCUCCCUCCACCCCCUGUCGGUCCUGUCUCCCUCUGUCGGCCUGUGAGCUCCCUGGCAGUAGCUGGCACAGGACUUAGGGGGAGGGGGGGAAGUUGUCAAAAUUGUUGUGAUGUUGCCAUGUAUUGUUGCAAAGUAUUGUUAACUUGUGUGACCGUCUUUUUGAGAAUGCCUUGAAUGAACGUGCAAUGUUUGUAUAUGCCUCUCUUGGAUUUCUAAUUUUAGCCAAUAGAAUUCACGGAUGCUUCAGUGACCCUGUACCAUACUAGUGUAUGUACUUACUUGGAUGGUAGUUUCUGAGGUCUUGCACUUCUCCUAUGACUCCCUUCGACACCUGUCACCCCUCUCCCUACAGUGUCAUGUCUAAUCCCAGACUACUUGUUUGGCUAGUAUGGGAAAUCAUACUAAAGUCCUCUAUUAGGCAGUGACCAAAGGAACUGCACCUAGGACAUUUCUGGCAUUUCCAGUUCCUGUCUUUGAGUAUAUAAGGGGCCAAAUAUUCCUUCUUUUAUCCCUGAUGAUGUGCAAUGUUGUGGCGUUUUAUUAAAGAUAUACACGCAGUUCCCCUGGGAAGCAUAUACUGGUAUUAAGGUUCUGGCUGAGUUGAGGGUUUUUUGGGAGCACUUUCAGACCUCUGUGCCACUCAGCUAUUGUGUUCCCUAGGUAGAAGUUGUUUCUGUGGGACCAGGGCAAGUCUGGACUGUCCACUGCCAAUUGCCUUUUGAACUUGUUGUGGGCCAGUCCUUAGAUGGCCUGACUCUUUGUCACAUUACCUAGUCUGGUCCUCCCUUGUGUUGUGUCCCUUAUCCUUUUGUAUGGUCUGGUAACUUGUAUAUCUUGACUGAGCCUCAGUAAUACUUGGGGUACGUACGUAGUUAUAUGCAUAUGAAACCAGUAUUGGUAACGUAAAACUUCAGCCCUUAUCCAGUACCUUUUCACAGCAAAGAAACAUUGUCUAAAUCAAAGGACACGUAAGAGUGCUGAAAACAGCCCCACAAGACUUCAUAACAUCAACUCCAUCAUCUCUUUCGGAGAAGAAAUUCUUAGUCAAGAGGAGAGCAUUGUGUAAAGGUAAUAGGAAGGGCUGCUGUGUUGAGAGAGAUUUGGGUAGGUGUGAGAAAGGUACUACUCAGCUGUUAACCACAGGCAGUAGGCAUGUCACCAGAGGAGAGAGGCUUCCUUUGGGGUCCUCUGCCUAAGUUCUUUUUGGUUGGGGCUUCAGAUCCCCCAUUUGUCUCUUAUGAAAUCAGACCAUUGGAAACAUGCCUGAGAAUAAGUGUCCUGUGAUAAGGACAGUGGCUGUGGGGUAAUCCCCAGCCCAGGGCCCAAACCUAGGUACUUAGAACACAAAACACAGGUUUCACAUGGGAAGAAGAGUGACCAGGGAGUUGGCUGAGCUGGCACCUAUUAGGUAAAUAAACUAAAAUGUGGUUUAAUAGCCUGUCAAAUGCCUUUAGAAUAGCCUGUGUUUCCCCUUUAAGAUUAUCGGGAAGUAGCUCAAGCAUCUACCUUGUGGCUACUUCUUACAGGCUAAUUGGUAUUUAGCAAGUUUCUUCCACCAUAGCCCAGGGCCACUAAAAACAAAGUUUCCAAUAGUUUAAGAAAUGAAUUCAAUACUUUUCCACAUUCUAGAAUUAAUGCAACAGAUGAUUCAAUUGAUUUGGUUUCUACAGCUCAAGCUACAGUGAAAAUUUAUCUUAUAGAGGCCCUUUAUUAACCAAGUUAAUGUGCUUGACAAAAGCUUUCUCCCACAAGGAGAGCUAGCCUUAUUCCUGGAAAUUUACCUAUCAGCUUGGUCCAAUUUCUCAAGUUGUCCAGUCUUGUCAGCUGUACUCAGCACAGCGGUGUUCAGAGAUAAAUCCUGUCUGCUUUUUUAUUCCCCUCUUAGCAACCGAGAGUGCUAAGGAGACUGUCGGGUCAGUGCAAUGAAAGGGCUGGCAUCUCCAUUAGGAGGUUCCCUGAGCCUGGCUGUGGAAGCAGUGUCCUUUUUUUGUCAAGUUUCCAAAGGCCUAAUCUGUUUUCAUGGCAGUGAAAUGGGGAGGCGGGAGGUGUGGAAAGGCCCAACCUCCUCCAAAGUGUCUUUGUUUCUGCACAUUUUUAACUGAUCUCAGGGGUGACAUUGAGGUGCUGGGGAGGAGGGGCCAGAGAUAUCAAGAGAGAAAGGGGCAGCGCCCCAGCAGGGAUGGGACUCCCAUGCCCUCCAGUGUCGCCUGCAAUUCAGAUGUGUGAUACUGUAUCUGUCACUUGUUGGUGCCCUUUGCUACUGUUAGUGUUUGAAUAACAUUUGAAAUGCUGUGAUUUUUUUUUCGUCAAUAAAGACAGUUAAAACAAAUUUA